AAGGAAAGUGGAACAGAAUUGGGAAUCCUAAUAGUGACCCACACCCACUACGAAGUCAAGUCUUCGUCCAUUCUUCUUCUCUCCUUCUCUGUCCGUCACAUUCAAGUUCAACUACUCAAGUAAGUGAGGGUGAAGCAGAAGCAGCAGAAUCGGAAAUGUGCUCUUCGGAGGGUGAUUGCAGGCCUUUGGGCUUUCUACUGGGCCUUCCGUUCGCUCUCCUCUCCCUCCUUCUCUCCAUUGUCGGCAUCGUCAUCUGGAUCGUGGGAUUGUUGCUGACGUGCAUAUGCCCGUGCUGUUUGUGCGUGACGGUGAUCGUGGAGUUGGCUCUGCAGUUGGUCAAAGCCCCAAUUCAUGUCAUGGAGUGGUUCACUUCUCAAAUCCCCUGUUAAUCUCUCUCUGUUUGCUUGAUACUUUCUACAAUUACUCUUUUUUUAAUAUUAUUUUUAAUUUUAAUUAUAGUAAAUUCAUCAGCUUGGUCGUGUUGCUUUCUUAAUUAGAUACAUAUAUCAUUGUGAAAUGUGAACGAAUGAAUGUUUAUGCAUAACGUCCAGGUUUGUUAUUACGGUA